CAGAAAAGGAACCACAGUUUCAGAAACAACCUUAAUAGGAGCAGCUGCCUCUCCGUCACUGCUUCCUCAGAAUGAUCCAGAAGUUAUCGUCGUGGGCUCUGGUGUGCUUGGCUCUGCGUUGGCAGCAGUGCUUUCCAGAGAUGGAAGGAAGGUGACAGUCAUCGAGAGGGAUUUGAAAGAGCCUGACAGGAUAGUUGGCGAAUUCCUGCAGCCGGGUGGUUAUGGUGUCCUUCAAGACCUUGGUCUCGAAGAUACAGUGGAAGGCCUUGACGCCCAGAUUGUAAAUGGCUACAUGGUUCAUGACCAGGAAAGCAAGUCGGAGGUUCAGAUUCCUUUCCCUCUGUCAGACAACAACCAGGUGCGAAGUGGACGCGCUUUCCAUCAUGGAAGAUUUGUCAUGAAUCUCCGGAAGGCAGCCAUGGCAGAGCCCAAUACGAAGUUUAUCGAAGGCACUGUGCUGCAGUUGGUCGAGGAAGACGACGUCGUAAUGGGUGUUCAGUACAAGGACAGAGUGACUGGGGACAUCAAGGAGCUCCGUGCCCCGUUGACUGUCGUUGCAGACGGACUUUUCUCCAAGUUCAGGAAGAGCCUGAUCUCCAAUAAAGUGUCUAUUUCAUCUCAUUUUAUUGGCUUUCUUAUGACGAACGCGCCACAGUUUAAAGCAAAUCAUGCUGAACUUAUUUUAGCAAAUCCGAGUCCAGUUCUCAUCUACCAGAUUUCAUCCAGCGAAACACGAGUCCUUGUUGAUGUUCGAGGAGAGAUGCCAAGGAAUUUGAGAGAAUACAUAGCUGAAAAAAUUUACCCACAGAUACCUGAUCACCUGAAAGAGCCGUUUCUAGCAGCCACUGAGAAUUCCCGCUUGAGGUCCAUGCCAGCAAGCUUCCUGCCUCCUUCGACGGUGAACAAACGAGGGGUGCUGCUCCUGGGAGACGCGUUCAACAUGCGGCACCCGCUGACGGGCGGGGGCAUGACGGUGGCCUUGAAGGACGUGAAGCUGUGGAGGCGGCUGCUCGGGGCCAUCCCCGACCUCUACGACGAUGCGGCCGUCUUCCAGGCCAAAAAGUCCUUCUAUUGGGCCAGAAAAACGUCUCAUUCCUUUGUGGUGAACAUCCUCGCUCAGGCUCUCUACGAAUUGUUUUCUGCCACCGACGAGUCGCUGCAUCAACUAAGAAAAGCUUGUUUUCUGUACUUCAAACUUGGUGGCGAGUGUGUGGCGGGUCCCGUUGGGCUGCUGUCUGUGUUGUCCCCCAACCCCCUAGUGUUAAUCGGACACUUCUUUGCUGUUGCCAUCUAUGCCAUCUAUUUUUGCUUUAAAUCGGAACCUUGGAUCACAAAGCCCCGAGCCCUUCUCAGUAGCGGUGCUGUGUUGUACAGGGCGUGCUCUGUGAUAUUCCCUCUGAUCUACUCGGAGAUGAAGUACCUGGUGCAUUAAGCUGGAGGGCCGCGUUUGCGAACGGGUGUUUGGAACCCACGUCCUCAGAGGCUUCGGAAGCGCAUGUGUGCAGCACAGUGCGGCACGGCUUCUCCCGUGGAAACUCGGACCGAGGCUGGGCUAACUGGCUCCUGAAGCUUUUGUACAUAAACGUGUAAAUACAUGCUUUCAUUUGCAACUUAAAAUGAAAGGGUGAGAUAAGUUAGAUAUUUAAAGGAAAUGAUUUACCAUAAAUUAGUGCUGAUGCUGAGGAACUGCAAGCUUUCCUUUGAGGGUCGUGUUUGGGGUGAGUGGUUGGGGUGUGCAAAUAAAGCGAUGACCUUUCACGCCUG